AUGCUCUUCUCAACAGCAAUAAUUUCCACUGCCGCCUUUGGGCUCGCCGCCGCCACUCCCAUCAUCACCCAGCGUGCAGGUGGAGGCGGUCCUUCGGUGGUGGCGGGCAAGGGCUUCUUCCUCGCCGUGCAGGGCGACCUGCGCGAGAUGGACCCGGAGAACGCCGCCAACAACGCAUGGGUGCUGAGCCUGCAGCGCGUGGCGACGGGCUUCUACGCCUCGGUCAUCGAGCCCCGGGACCGGGACAAGACCAAGAACCCCACCUUCUACAUCAACGGGACCACCGCCGACCAGCAGACGCUGAACCUCGACGUCCCCGGCGCGUUCCCGCUGUCGGCGGUCGUGGGGUCGAGCGAGGACGUCGCCGACGGCGAGAACGUCGUCUCGUUCCGCAACAAUGCCGCCACCAAGGGCCUGACCGCCUCCAAGCGCGCCGCCGACGGAAUCCCAAUCCUGAAUGGUCCAUCGUCCGGUGGUGGUUGGGCCGUCUGCAGGCGUGAUCUGCCCACCAACACGGGCCCGGUCUCGGUCAUGAUGCCGAGGUUCGUCAAGGCGGGCGAGAGCGCCCCCGAGGGCUGUGUGACGGUCGACUUUGUGCUUCUAUGCAAGGAUCUCGCCGAGCUGCAGCCGACUGAUGGGUGGAACCAUGACAAUGUCAGCGAGAUUAGCUGUGUGGCUAACUGA